UACAGAUUCGGAGUCUGAGGUGGGAGGUUUUACAUGAGAGACUCGAGGAGAUGGGUACACUGCAUUGAUAUCUUCCACGUUGUGCGCGAAAACCACACGAUCCCUCCCCGAUAUUACGCAGUCUAUUUAAACGCACCAUCCACACACCCAUUCCAUCACUCACCACUUUGGUCGUCUCACCUGUACUCGCGGUGUUCAGGAGAGGAACCCAGUGAUGGAUCAGGACAAGUACCUGCCAGAGCUCAUUGCCGAGAAGGACAGCUUGGACCCGUCGUUCGUCCACGCGAUGCGCCUUCUUGCUGAAGAGAUUGAAAAGUUUGAAGGAGACGAGUUGAGAAAAGAUGGCGAGGUGAAGAAAUACUUGGAUAUCAUCAGCAACAAAAACAUCAAGCUGUCGGAGCGCGUGCUGAUCCCGGUGCAGCAGUAUCCUAAGUUUAAUUUUGUUGGGAAACUGCUGGGGCCCAGGGGCAAUUCCAUGAAAAGAUUACAAGAGGAAACAGGAGCAAAGAUGUCCAUCCUCGGCAAGGGUUCAAUGAGGGAUAAAGGCAAGGAGGAAGAGCUGAGGAAAAGUGGAGAGGCGAAGUAUGCCCAUUUGAGCAACGAUCUUCAUGUUUUAAUUGAAGUUUUCGCACCACCUGGAGAAGCCUAUUCCCGCAUGAGCCAUGCCCUGGAGGAGAUUAAGAAAUUCCUUGUUCCAGAUUACAAUGAUGAGAUCAGGCAGGAGCAACUUCGUGAGCUCUCCUACUUAAAUGGCUCAGAUGACCCAAGCCGAGGAAGAACCGCAAGAGGUCGAAGCUUACGUCUGACCUCCACAGCCUCCACCCGAGGUCGAGGGGGGUCAGCUGCACCCCCUCCACCUGGACGAGGAGCAGCAGCACCCAGAGGAACUGGGGGAACACGCACCUCUGUCCAAACCCCCACACUAGCCAGGGGAGUGUCUGCACCCCGGGCCAGAGGAACUGCAGGGACCCCUGGAUACAGAGCCCCGCUACUGCAGGCCACGCACAAAUCAUAUGAUGACUACGGAUAUGAUGAUGGGUAUGAUGGGGAAUAUGAUGACCAGAGUUAUGAGGGCUAUGAUGACAACUACAGCAACCAGUCGAAAAGUGUCUCGGAAUAUUAUGAAUAUGGACACGGUAAUAAUGAUGAAGCCUACAACAAUUAUGCAGAAGAGGACUGGAUAUCAUCGCGGCCCAACCUCAAAGCUCCAGCAUCAAGACUUACUCGAGGGGGCUACAGAGAUCACCCCUAUGGUAGAUAUUAAAGGUGCUCCAGAUCAUGUGACCUCCAUACAACGUCAACCUUAUUUACUAAAUAAUCAAAAAUGGGAUUUUUAAGUGAUAGGUCAGUCAUGUUUUUAAAUUCACACUAACCUUGGGGGGAGGUGGGGGGGGGAUGUAAAAUGGUACCCUUUUCUUAUCUGUAACUGUUGACUUCUUUGUAUGAUACCUUAUGAGCAUUAAUUCUGGCCAGGAUUUGGCAGUGUACUUUUGUCAUUGAAUGCUCCUUCCUUUAGUUUUCCAUUGUUUGUCCCCCAAAUGUAAAGCAUGGAAUUAGCCACACAUUAUGCUUCCCUGACUUCGGGAACCUUUGCAUUAAGGCAGAAAUGUAUGAGGAGAGACUCAUUUUGUACACAACAUCUUUCGUAAUACUUCUUGAUUUGAUGAUGGUAAAUACUGAGUUUGUACAUUUAAUUUUGAUAUCAGUAUUGGGUUUGAAAGCAAUUGGCUAUGUAUUUAGCCACAUCCAAGUGCUUUGCUUUGUGUGUAGCUUGUAUUUGUACAUAAAAAUGUAAUAAAAAGGAUGUAAAGCGCCUUGUGCAAGCUUCUCUAAAUAGGUGAUCAUAAUUGUUAAAGUUGUGUUGCUAUAAUCUGUUAAUAAAGAUGAGAUCCUUUUUGUAAAAUUAGAUAUGUAGGUACUUACUUGUCUUUAGUACUAAAUGCCUGUAUGACCUGAGGAAAUUGAUAAUGUUUUUUUUUUUUUUUAUAGAUAUCUAUUUAACAAAGAAAAGCCACAAAAAGGAACCGUAGAGACGUUGUCAAGUCAUUUUGUGUAAUAAUAGAUAAGCCUCACUAAUAGAAAUAAACUUUGUUAAAUAAUUUUUAACAUUAGCUCUAAAUUGUUCAUUGACUCAUGAUUAGUCAUUUAAAUGUUUAACAUGUUAAUGGAAAUCAACUGUUUAGACCAAUAAAUUGAAUCUUUUUUAACACACUCUUUAAGCUUCAGCUUAUUAAACAAUAAGUCGGACUGACUUGUCUGCGCUAACGUGACUCUGAGAAUGAUAUGGAGAUUCAGGAGGUAAGAACGUCCCCAUAUUCCAAUAAGAUGUUCUAAGUGCCUUCAGCCUUUGGUGUUAACCACUGUAGCCAAAGUUUCAUCACUCGCAGAAGUGAAUGGGAUCCAGUUAAAAUGCUUUAUCUGUGCUACCUACAGUACAUUUUCCUCUUUUGCUAUUUAUGUUAAUGAACAUCAGAAGGCUGAAUCUGUGUUGUAAUACCAAUGCUUUUAAAUAUCAGCACUAUUGAAGGCCCCAUAGAGACCUGAACUCUUUUUUGUGACUAUUAGAACUGAAUGCUGACGCGUAUUAAGACUUCGAAAGGAUGACUAAACGUUAAGCAGGUACCAGUCUCUCUGUGAGCGGCGAUGCAGUGGAUUGAGUCAGACUGGGCCUUCUGCAGUCGAUAUGUGGAGCAUACUGAUAAAAACCAAUCAGUGAGAAGUGAGGGGGCUCCGUCUCAUUUGGCUGAGGAAGUGCUUAUAAACAGUCUGUGCACAGACGCUGUAUGCCAGUGUUGAACUUCUCAUUUCCAUGGAUCUGAAUAGAGCUGAUCUUGACUGAACAUCACUGCAGGGCACAGAUGACCACUGCGUAUCAAUCUUGUCUUAAUGAAAUCUGAACACUGUCUUAUGAAAUGGACUUCACCCUGGAUUGGCUCACUCAGACCACGUAGAAGAUCCAAGAAGAUACUUUCAAGUUGUAGCACAUCCAGUUAGAAUACUUUAAAGAUCCAUAAAUUCAAUAUGGCAUUAUGGUGUUAAGAUCAAUAUAGCAACAUAAGGCAUGCCACAUAUUGUGGUAUAAUUUGAGGCUAUGUUGAUCCUUACAUUUUUUUAGGUUUAAAUCCUUUCUCAAGCACGGUGCUAUGCUGUAAGGUCUUGCAUUUUUUUGCUCAUAUAUCCUCUUUUCACUUAAUCUCUUUUAUCCCACAGGACAAAAAAAGGGACAUAAUUGGAUUAAAUGGUUGUUGAAGAUGGAGUAUAUUUUGUCUAAGUACGUCAUCUACGCUGUCACCUCAAUGACAGCUAAAUGAGAAGGUUUAACAUGGUGCAUUAAAUCUUGAAAGAUAUACAACCACGUAUAGCUAAAUACUUAUAUCUUCAUGCAACACAAACGGUUUUCCUGUAUUUUGGGGUUAUGGAAGCAGCUUUGUUUCUGUGCUUUCUGCCACAGUGUCACCUGUGAGCUUAUGACUCAGUUUGCUGUUUGAACCUAUGCUUUCAAAGCCUGAGGCUUCAAAAGUUAUUUACCAUGUAAACAAUACAUAUAGUAAGUGAAAUUCACACAAAGGUUUCUCUUCAUUGAAAUGUUGUAUGUAAUCAAAAUCCAGUGCAUAAAUCUACACAUAUUCUCAUUAAUGCUUUGAGUUAUCCUCAGCUGAAUGUGUUUUGAGCUUUUUCUCCUUGCAGUGGGAAUUUCAAAACAUCCAAUCAUGGUUUUUUUAAGUGGCAUUUUAACACCGUCUAAGUGCCCUUGAGGUUAUCAACACAGCUCAGACCGAAUUUUUAAAUUCAAUUUCCUUAUGACUGUACAAAUGAAACAGCAUCUUUCUGGAGAAUGUGAAAAGCUUGAAAGACUAAACGUAUAUACCUCAAAGCAAUCAACAGUUUGUACAAAAUGGUUUUUCAAAUUGAGUUUGCACACAUCUCGACUAAAACAGUACAAAUAACAUUUAAGAACAUUUUAUUUCUAGUCGUAAGUCUUUUAUAUCUGACUCCAGUAUUAAACCAGUUUACUGCCAAUUUCACUCAGCAGUUGUCAGAGAAUCCAGCAGUUCUCUCUGUUAUUAUCUGUGUAGUACAGGGAAUAAAGGAAAUGCUUUUAUUUAUUUAUUUUUUUUCUUACCAGGAUUCUGAGACUCAGUAGUGAGAAAUGUGAACUCUAAUUAAAAUACUCUUCAUCGUAAUGCUCCAGUAAAAUGACACGUCCCAUAAAAAAGUGAAUUAUCUCAUGUAUUGUAAUACAUAGAAGUACCAGUGAUAAAAUCAUGACCAGCAACAAGGUUUUAUGCUUCACAGUACAUAAUAAAGCUUUGAAACACACCA